AUGGAGGCAGUAUGGCGGUGGCUAGCCUUGUGCGUAUGUGCUGGCAGCGCCGGGAACGAUGCAUGCGAUCUUCAAGCUGAUCGAUGCUCUGAGGGAAGUGGAGCAAGUGAGGCCACGGCACUGCUACAGCUCGCCUCAACCCUGGAAGCGCGUUCCAGUUUCAACGAGUCCUAUUGGUACCCUGUGCGGGGCCUGGACGCCGGAAGGUCAGGAUGGUCCCAGCGCGCCAGCGGUCCUUUCCCGCUCUCGGCUCCCUCGUGGAGCUUCGAGAUCCCAGGCUUGAAUUUCCAUCAGACGCCAGUGAUCGACGAUACGUUUCACGUCUACACCACCAGCGACAACGGAAAGAUCUUCAAGUUUACUCGAGAGGGUUUGAAGCGCUGGGAGUUCCUCCUGGACCAGCCGGGAACUGUCCGCUGCCAGAAUCCAUCACUCUUCGAUGGCAAGCUCUACACGGCUUGCGCCAAUGGCCAUGUCCUGGCCCUAGACAUGGACAACGGAAAUAAGGUCUGGUCCCGUUGGGUGUUUCCGGGCGGCCUGCCCACAGACACCUACACGGUGAGCGCCACGGAAGCCUUCCUAGUGCUUCCCCUAAGCGAUGCAGGGGACAUCUUUGGUGGCUCCUGGGGCGUGGCAGUGCUGGAACGUGCAGACGGCAGCCUCAGGUGGAGCUACAAUGUUUCGGAACGGGCCCCUGGGGCCACCGUCAUCAAUCUUGAUCCAUGCCUCCUGGAGGAUUCCAUUGUGCUCAGCGACACGACUGGCGGCAUCUAUCGGCUGAACCUCACGGACGGCUCGGAGAUUUGGCGAGUCCCAGGUUUGGAUGAAGGAUCCUUUACGCUGGGUGGGGUGGCUUGUUCAGAGGGCCUGGUCUUCAACGGCUUCAGUCGAGCGGAUGAGUCAGGAGGCGUGAGGGCGCUCUCACUGGAAGAAGGAGAAGUUAUUUGGGCCAAGAGCUUGGAGAAGGUGGUCCACAAUGCCCCAGCAGUUUCAAAGAAGCUUUAUGGUCACGAGUCGAAGGAGCUGUUCGUAGUCAUAGGCAUGGGAGAGCCCACUGGCCGACCCUUGCCAAUUCCUGCCAACAUCUCCGGAAAGGUUCUUGCACUGGAGGGUUUGACCGGCAAUCAGAUUUGGAGCUUCGAGCCGCCUCCUUGGCACCACCACGGCGCUGCCGGCUCCACCUGGGACCAGCUUUGCUUCCCGGACCUCUUCUCAGCGGCCACCAUUGACGCCACAGGCACAGUCUACAUCAACUGGUCUGCAGGGGGUAUCACCUAUGCUCUGCGAGAUGCCGACGCCAAUGGCCUUGUCUCCAUGGAAGACCCCAAGGAGGUCUCUGAGGCAAACCUUAGUUCCGCAGCUACGGGCCCACCUGCCUUGGCUCCCGGGAUGCUCUUUGUGAACACAUGCCGCCGGCCUAGCGCUUUCUUCUAG